CCCCUGAUAGCAAUAGCAGUGCAUUGAAAAUAAACCUCAUCAGUGAAUAACAAUUUUCAUUUUCUAAUUUAAUUUCGUAAACUUGAAAAUAACAUUAACUAGAUUAAUCGAUGAUAAAAGAAUCUUUUCAUAAAUACGAAUAGCAAAAUCUAGCAUAAUAAAAUCGGAUGAAGAAUAUGUUUGAAGAAAAUAUUAAUUUGAUAUUAGAAAUGACAUAAAAAGCAUUUUUCAAUAUAAAGACUACAUGUUUCGAACUAAAGGAUUAAUUCAUGUAACUUUUAUACUCUAUAAGAAAAAGAAUAUACAUUUACAACUGCCCAAACGUUUGAUAAAAUGGAUUUAAUACCAAAUAUUGGUAAUAAAAAGAAACACAGAGUCAUUGAUUUACUUCGUCGUCGAGAAAUACAAGAAACGGAUGCAAGUUUUGUAUCACAAAAAUUACACGUAACCAAUAAUUUUAUAUCACGUUUGGGUUUGGAAGCAGAAUUAAAAGGUCACGAUGGAUGCGUCAAUUGUUUAGAAUGGAACGAAACUGGACAGAUUUUAGCAUCGGCAUCGGAUGAUAUGCACAUAAUCCUAUGGGAUCCAUUUCGUUACGAAAAGAAAUUGACACUAAACACAGGACAUAAUGGAAACAUUUUUUCCGUCAAGUUUAUGCCAAAGUCAAACGACUCGGUUCUUGUGUCAGGUGCAGGCGAUAGUAAAAUACGUGUUCACGAUAUUACACUAUCGGAUACAAUUUUAGCGUGUAAUUGUCAUACGGGCCGAGUGAAACGUAUCGCGACUGCACCAAAUAUUCCCUAUCUUUUUUGGAGUGCCGGCGAAGAUGGAAUUAUCAUGCAAUUCGAUAUGCGAGCACCACACACAUGUAAAUCGCACGACGAGAAAAAUGUUCUCGUCAAUCUCGUGAAUCAUAUGGAUUGUCACAUAGAAGCCAAAUGCAUUGAUGUGAAUAAUAGAAGACCGGAAUUAAUCGCAGUUGGUGCGAAUGAUCCAUUUAUCAGAAUGUACGAUCGAAGGAUGAUUAAACUCGCGGUCAGACCGAUAAUUGAGUUGCCACAAUCUCCGUUCGAUUGGAUUAAUCCACAACGUAGGCGUGAUCAGUUCGGAGAUGAAGGUGUUGAUCUCACGACCGUGCCUGUUGGAUGUGUACAAUAUUUUAUCGCAGGUCAUUUAAAAUCGCCUCAAAGAGUUAAUGUUCGAAGUUUUUCCACGACAUAUUUAACAUUCAGUAAUGAUGGAAACGAACUUUUGGUAAAUAUGGGUGGUGAGCAGAUUUAUCUCUUUGAUAUUAACGAACGCAGAAAAGCCAGAAGUUUCAUGACACAACUGAGAAGAAAUUAUUGUUCUGAAUCGAAUGAGCGAGAUGUGGAUCAUUUUUCUUCGGAUUCGAAUGACUCCAGCGAUGAUCAGGACUACAGUUUAAUAAAUGUCUCUAAUUUACCAGCCGAAAUUGAUAAACUAAAGAAACAAGGAAAUGAAAAUUUCAAUUUGGAGAAAUAUACUUUAGCAAUUAAUUUAUAUAAUGUGGCAAUUAGUUUAUGUCCUAAAGCUUCAGAGCUCUAUAAUAAUAGAGCAGCUGCUUAUAUGAAAAGGAAUUGGGGCGGUGAUAAAUACGCAGCAUUACGGGAUUGUCAAAUGACUUUACGCUUAGAUUCCGAAAAUGUGAAAGCAAACUUCAGAUUAGCUCGUUGCUUGAACGAUUUACAUAAACCUUCAGACGCUUCUCUAGUGAUUGAGAAAUUUUUGAAAAAAUUCCCUGAAUAUUGUCAUCAUCAAUCGCUGAAAGCGUUGAAAAAGGAUAUUAAGGAAGCCUUAAUUUCCCACCAAGAAUUUAUGCCACCACUUCCUGACAUAUCGCCUUCGGAAAAUCACUGGAGACAUGACGCUAAAGAUUAUAAGCAACGAUUUUGCGGACAUUGUAAUACCACAACCGAUAUAAAAGAAGUGAAUUUCUUUGGAAACAAUGGACAAUAUAUUGUGGCUGGAUCGGACGAUGGAUCAUUUUUCGUUUGGGAUCGAGUCACGACAAAUAUUGUCCGUAUUCUUCGAGGAGAUGAGCGAAUUGUAAAUUGUCUUCAACCACAUCCCUCCGUUUGUUUAUUGGCAACCAGUGGCAUUGAUCCUGAUAUUAGAUUGUGGAGUCCCUUACCCGAGGAUGGUAAGAAGAAUGAUCGUGAAAUUCUAAAUUUGGAUGAUGCCGCUUCUGCAAAUCAAGUGCGAAUGAACAGUGAUCCUUUAGAUUUAGUUUUAAGGAAUAUGGGCUAUCGGUUUCUUGGACAAAAUUCCGAGGAAAGCGGCGAAGAACAACGGGAUGUGCAUUUUGCGCGAACUCUAGAUUGUAGACCAAGUUAGACUUUGUUUCAUCGUGUACAUUAAGAAUUUUCAGAAAAAAAAAUUCAUAAAAAAAACUGUAAGUUUAUUGAAUUUUAAUUAUAUUUAUUUCUUUAUUAA